AUGGCGAAGGGGAAGCAGAAAGCAAAGAGAAGCACGUUGAAUACUGUGAUUGAAAGAGGAGAGGAAGAGAAGGCAAUCUCACCGAAGGAAUUGGAUAAUACUUGCGAAACACGACCCAAUCUGGAAAAGGGGGAAAGCUCGAGACAACCAUCGGAGGAAGGGGAAAUGGUGAAAUUAAGAGGAAUCAAAGGAGGGAUCGAUAAUCAGAGUCUGGAAAAACAAACAAAGACGUUGAGUGAAUUGCUUGGGGUCAAUACUGCGAGGAAACUGGAUUGGUCUGAUUUAACCACAAAGACAAACUCUACUGCUAGUAUAUGGGAGAAUUUUGAUGCUAAAAGGUUUAAAAGUGCCGCGGUUCCUUUGGAUUAUUACGAGCUAGAGGAUAAGGAUGGGAAGAAAAUUGCCAAGGUUCAGGAGAAGGAUUUGAUGCCAGAGAUCGAUUACUGGAAAUCGUCUGUCCUGAGCUUCGUCCUGGGAGCAAGUCUACCUUUUAAAGUGAUGGAUGCAUUUUAUAGAAGACUGUGGAAGCAUAUUGGCGUUGAUAAGGUACUAGUUUUACCCAAUGGUUUGUAUGUAAUUCAUUUUAAGACAUUUGAAGUUGCUGGGGAAGCUGUGAAAGAACCUAUAACAUACUUAGGAUCAAAUCCAGUUAUUAUUAAACCAUGGAAUGUAGAAUUGCUAGAUAGCUGUAAUGCAACAAAGGAUAAGGCUAAUUUUACUAGGGUGUUGGUUGAUGUAGAAAUCCAGGAUCACCCACCAAUAAUUGCUCAUUUUGUGGAUGAAUCUGGGAAGCUUGUUGAACAGCCAGUUUAUUAUGAAUGGAGACCUACAUUCUGUUCGUACUGUAAAAACUAUGGUCAUGGUGGGGAGGGUUGUUGGAAGAAAGAAGUUGAUGAGAGAUGUAUAGUGAAACAGAAAGAAGGGAUGCAAAGGAAAGUCACUGUUAAUCAGGAAUGGAAGCAUGUCAGUAAGCAUAACAAACCAGUGAAUACCACAGGAGAUGUCCCUAAAGAGGAAGAUAUGAUCCAAAAAGCAAAAGGUGAUGUGAUCCAAGGGUGCAAAGGCAAGGAAAAGGUGACAACUGCUAAUCCAGGCUUUCGUAUUCUGAUGGAAGUGGAUGAAGAGAUGCAACUGAUAGAAGGAGAGAAAGGGGAUCAACAGCAGCUCAAAUUGAAUCAGAACCAUGAAGAGGCUAGGGUGGAUGCUCCGUAUGAUCCAGCUGGAAUUUCAGAUCAUUCUCCUAUUCUAGUCCAACUAGAUAGUGGAAAGGUAAGGAAACCAGUUCCGUUUAAAUUUUUUAACAUGUGGUGCCUUGAUGAAGAUUUUCUCAGAAUUGUUGAAAAGGGAUGGAAACAGGAAGGCCAAGGAGCAAAAAUGUACCAGGUGGUGAGGAAACUCAAGAGACUCAAGACUGAUUUAAAGCAACUGAAUCGAACAAAGUUUGCUGAUAUCCAACUAAAAGUGGAUCAACUCAGAGAACGAUUGUUGCAAUUGCAAGAGAAACUGAGUAGUAGGCCACAGGAUGAAGAGUUACAGGAGAAGGAGAAGGAGGCGUACCAGGAAUUCAUACAAGUUCCUAUUCCAGAAAGCAAAGGAACAAUGGAUCAAGCAGGGUGA